AUGAGCCAAGCCACUGAGUACGGACUCGGUUUGACUUCUGUUGUGUAUCGUGCACGGAACAUCAUCAAGGAGGAUGCAGUUGCCAUCAAGCUUGAACCCAUCAGCCACUUAUCUUCCAUGCAACGUGAAUACAAAGUUUUGAAACACCUUGAAGGUGGUGUUGGUAUUCCCCGCAUCCAUUGGUUUGGUAGGGAGUCGACAUAUCAUGCUCUGGUUCUCGACCUCCUUGGGCCAUCACUACAUGACCUAUUCCUUACCCACAACAACAAAUUCAGCCUUGAAACUGUUGUCAAUCUGGGAGACCAGCUGAAUGUCGUUGUGCGGCUUGGUGAUUUGAGUGACACCAUCUUUCUUAUUGAUUUUGGGAUCGCAAAGGAGUUCUGGAACACAUCAAACAAUGUCCACAUUCCAUUUCGCUAA